CUCAACCCUCCAUUCAAGGACGGAUUUUGGUGGGUGGCUUGUGCGCCAUAAAUACCCCACAUCAGGAGCCUCUUUUGGUGCGCGCGCUGUCACUCUAGCGUGUCUUUCUCCCCUUCCUGCUUUCCCUCUCCAGCUCUCAUACACAAACACACGGAGCUAGCAGCACGGAUCGAGAGAACAAUGGAGGAAACAAGCAGGAUCCCUGGGUACUUCAAGAACAAGGGCAUCCUGAUCACGGGCGCAACAGGCUUCCUUGGAAAGAUCCUCGUGGAGAAGAUACUGAGGGUCCAGCCGGACGUAAAGAGGAUCUACCUCCCCGUGCGUGCGCCGGAUGCUGCAUCAGCCAAGAAACGGGUGGAGACUGAGGUGAUCGGGAAGGAGCUGUUUGGGCUUCUCCGAGAGACGCACGGCAAGAGGUUCCACUCCUUCAUCGAGGAGAAGGUGGUCCCGUUGGCCGGCGACAUCAUCCACGAGAACCUGGGCGUGGAGGGGCCCCAGCUGAGGCGGAUGACUCGGGAGCUCAACGUCAUCGUCAAUGGAGCUGCCACAACAAACUUCUACGAGAGGUACGACGUGGCCCUGGACGUGAACGUGAUGGGAGUGAAGCAUAUCUGCCAGUUGGCCAAGCAGUGCCCCAAUCUGGAGGUCGUCCUCCAUGUGUCCACGGCCUAUGUGGUGGGGGAGAAGCAGGGGAUGAUCCUGGAGCGGGCGUUCAAGCAGGGCGAGACCCUGCGGAUGGAGACGGAGCUGGACAUGGACGCCGAGCUGCGGGUGGCCAGGGACUACCAGCAGCAGGUCGCCGGGGACGACGCCGAGCAGAAGAACGAGAGGAAGGCCAUGAAGGAGCUGGGCCUCGCCAGGGCCCGGGAGUUGGGCUGGCCCAACACGUACGUCUUCACCAAGGCGCUAGGGGAGAUGAUGCUGGCGCGGGAGCUGGGCGGCGUCGUCCCCGCCGUGAUCGUGCGGCCCAGCAUCAUCACAAGCAUCCAUAAGGAGCCGCUGCCGGGGUGGAUGGAAGGGACCAGGACCAUCGACGCCAUCCUCAUUGGCUACGCCAAGCAGAGCCUCUCCUGCUUCCUAGCCGACCUCCAGCUCACCAUGGACGUGAUCCCCGGGGACAUGGUGGUGAACGCGAUGAUGGCCGCGACGGUGGCGCACGCGUCCGCCCCCGGCGGCCACAAGGAGGAGUCGCCGACGGUGUACCACGCGACGUCUUCCCUCCGCAACCCUGCGCCGUACGCGGUGCUGUACCGGACGGGAAUCCGCUACUUCUGCGACCACCCGCGCGUGGGCAAGGACGGCCGCCCCGUGCGUACCCGCAAGGUGCACUUCUUCGGCACCGUCGCAGCCUUCACCGCCUACAUGCUGCUCCGCUACAGGCUGCCGCUGGAGCUUCUGCGCCUGCUCAGCCUCCUCUCCGGCGGCCUCCUCUUCUCGCGCCUCUACGCCGACCUGGACCGCAAGUACAGGUUCGUCAUGCAUCUCGUCGACCUCUACGGGCCCUUCGCGCUCUUCAAGGGCAUCUUCGACGACGCCAACAUGGAGAGACUCAGGAUGGCCAUGCCUGUCGCCGACCGGCUGGAGUUCAACUUCGACCCAAACACCAUCGACUGGGACGACUACUUCUACAAGAUCCACAUUCCAGGGGUCAUGAAGUACGUCCUCAAGUAGCAGCUACAUGCACUGAUCGCCGUCGUUCGUACUACCUACAUGUACAUCAUGAUCCAUCCAGAUUAGUACUAUUAAUUAAUUAAAUCCACCAAUUGGCGCGCGUUUGUAUACACAUUGCUAUAUAUUGUUGCUACGCUCGACGUGGAUCCCACCCAUCCUCUCUAUUCCUCAUCAAAAUGUAUCCAGUUAUUAGCAGCUCUGCUUUAGCUACC